AUGCAUCCAUACUUUCAUGUGCGAGACGAACUAUCCGUCCAAGAUGGUAUUGUGUACCGUGGAACCCGUUGUGUCAUACCGAAAGCAUUACGCGCUGAGGUUAUGGGAAAGCUUCAUCAAUCACAUAUCGGAGCUGAAGGAUGCCUUCGUAGAGCUCGAGAGUGUGUAUACUGGCCGAACAUGAACUCUGAGAUCAAAGAUCUUGUAUCAAAGUGUGAAACGUGCCGAACUUAUGAGCCAUCACAGCAAAAAGAAACUCUCAUCUCACAUGAGAUUCCAAACCGCCCGUGGUCUGUUGUAGGAGUAGAUCUCUUCCAAUCACCUGUAAGUGAUGACCAAUACCUCAUCUCAGUAGACUACUACAGCAAUUUCUUCGAAAUUGUAAGGCUGGAGUCUACCACCUCAGCUACCGAUAUCAGCAAGUUAAAACAGCAUUUUGCUAGACACGGAAUUCCUGACAAAGUUAUCAGUGAUAAUGGUCCUCAAUUUACCUCCCAGCAAUUUGAAAACUUCAAAGUCAAGUGGGAAUUCGACCAUAAAACAUCCAGUCCGGCAUAUCCUAAGUCGAAUGGAAAAGCGGAAAAUGCCGUAAAAUCUGCAAAGCAGCUUAUGAGAAAAGCAAAGCACAGUGGACAAGACCCAUGGCUUGCGGUACUUGACUUCAGAAAUACGCCAACACAAGGAAUCGGAGAAAGUCCAAGCCAGCGUCUAAUGAACCGUAGAACAAAAACAUUGAUGCCACAGAAAGAAACAUUGCUAUCACCAUGUGGUAAGAAAGAUAACAUCAAGAAAAUGAGGAAGGAAAAGGACAGACAAGCUCGCUAUUACAACCGCACAGCAAAAGAUUUGCGAGAGUUACAUCAUGGUGACACAGUGCGCAUGAAGCCAACACAACUAAGGGAAAAGGAGUGGAAGAAAGGCACAAUCAUAGGUAAAGAGGGAAUAAGAUCGUACAAGGUACAAACACAAGACGGUACCUUUAGGAGAAACCGCUCUCACCUGAAGGCCACGAGUGAGAAACCAAAUGACUUUAGCGUUAUUCCUGACUACACAACUCCGAAAGAACAAUCAGGUGAUAAUUCCAGACAGACUGCGCCGAGUGGGAACUGCCCGAGACCUAGUUCCGAAACCACUGAAAGUGAUCGAUCCCUACCGGACAAACCGUUAGUCGUUCCGAGCGGAGAUGUGCCACUGAAGCCCGAUGAACCGCGAACCACUCGUUCUGGACGCAUUGUUAAGACGUCACAAUACUUAGAGAACUAUGUGCAUGCUGUGUAUUAUGUGUAA